UCGCUCACACAAACAAAAUAUAUAAUUUGCAUAAGUCAACUUGCCGUUGGCGGUGCGGUACCCUGUUUUGUUAGUUCAUCCUCUCACACAACCACACACUUCUAUUUAUUUAUUUUUUACUGUGUCAUUCUCUUUUUCCCAUCCUUCACUUCACUCUCAUCUUUUCCCUAACUUCACCUUCUUAUGCAUUCCGUUCUGAUUCCGAUUCCCACCCGCCUUCGAUUUAUGCAUUUUAACGCUGCUUAAGCACGAUUCUUCAGUACCACCCGUUUCUCUCUUCUAGGGUUUCCCUUUAUCAAUUCCCAUGGCUAUCAGAGGCGUGGACUUCAAGUGGUACGAUGGCUUUUUUUUGUCUAUGCUCGCCACCAGUGUAGUUAUUGUCGCAAUUAAUUGGAAGCGGUAUCAUUCUUGUGCCUAUCCGUUGCACAUAUGGAUUGUGGUCGACUACACUACUGUGUUUGUUUUCCGGCUCUUGAUGUUUGUUGAUAACGGGCUUGCUGCGGGAAUGGGUUUAGAUUUUGGGUGGCAGCAGAGAUAUGCUCGUUUCUGUGGAAGAGUAGUUGUCCUUUCAAUCCUUGUGUUGCUUCUCUAUCCAUUUCUGUGGGCUUGGACUGUAAUUGGUACCCUGUGGUUCAGCAGUGCAAAGAACUGUUUGCCUGAAGAUGGUCAAAAAUGGGGCUUUCUCAUCUGGUUACUUUUUAGUUACUGUGGACUCCUCUGCAUUGCUUGCAUGUCUCUGGGAAAGGUGUGGUUGACACGAAGACAAGCACAUCUACUGCGUGCUCAACAGGGUAUCCCUGUAUCUGAAUAUGGGGUUCUGGUUGACAUGAUCCGAGUGCCUGAUUGGGCAUUCGAAGCUGCUGGUCAAGAAACAAGGGGCAUGGUGCAAGAUGCUGCGGCAUAUCAUCCAGGACUUUACCUAACUCCAGCUCAGAGAGAAGCAGUUGAAGCUUUAAUUCAGGAACUCCCAAAGUUCAGGUUAAAGGCUGUUCCUACCGAUUGCAGUGAAUGUCCCAUCUGCUUAGAAGAGUUCUAUGUAGGGAAUGAGGUUCGAGGCUUGCCUUGUGCUCACAAUUUUCAUGUUGAAUGCAUUGAUGAGUGGCUUAGGCUGAAUGUGAAAUGUCCUCGGUGUCGUUGCUCAGUAUUUCCAAACCUUGAUCUUAGUGCACUAUCCAAUCUCCCAGCAGAGCCUGAGCGAUCUUCAGCAAGCGUUGUGACAACAACCAGUUAUGUGAGAGGCCAACCAUCUACUCAAAGUUACCGGUUAAGAUUGCAGGGUCUUCUGCGUCCUGUCCGUGCUGAAAUUGCUGGCCCUGUUGGUGACAUAGAUAAUUCUCUGGACAAUGUUGAGAACGGUUUUGUAUCAAUUGUGACUCACAAUACAUCAUCUGGAGACCACGUCUCUUCUGUCGAAUGCGUGCCUGUCACUGUAAGACUUUCCUCUGCACAAAGUUAGGUUUGCUUUUGAAUUCCUGUUAUAUUUCUAACCCGUUCUAGAGAAGGUGAAGAAUGCAUAUUCAAAUCCGGUCCGUGUUAAAAUGGUCCACAUUCUAACAAGAAAUUUCACGUUUGAUCCAUAAAGAAUUGGGUCAGCCUCGUGUCGGGGCGACAUGGAGUUGUAGGACAAAUCAAAAUAUACGAUUUUGCCUAACAUAGAUUAGAGCAGCAAAUGUGUAGUUUUCUUUCAUGUUUAGUAAUUUGUAAAGAAAAAAAGUAUAUUUUAAUGAUUUUGCUAACGUACAUUUUAUUGUUUUUAA